AUGAAUAUCGUCUCAUUCAAAAAAUCUAAUCUUAUUCCACCUACAUUUGGAGAAGGUGAAUCGAUUCAAAUUGUAUCCAGAUCUCAAGAAGCUGAAUAUGAUUUUACCAAAGUUCAUGAAAUAUUUCAUUGUUGUGAUGUUUUUGGAUUUAAAAAUCAAAGAAUCACUUUAUCACAACGUUAUUUGGAUUUAAUAAUGAAUAAGGGUGUUCGAGAAAAAUUUAUCAUUCGAACAAAAAUUAUCAAUUAUAUUCUAAAAUUUUUAAAUAAUUUAGGAUUUUUAGAAGUCGAAACUCCUAUGAUGACAUUUAUAGUUAGUGGAGCAACCGCCAAAUCAUUCGUUACUCAUCUCGCGAAUUUUAAACAAUUUACUUCAUGUGACUUUUACAUGACUUAUAAUGAUAUGUAUGAUUCAAUGAUAACGGAAAAUUUGUUAUCAGAUAUGGUUAAAGAAAUUAUUGAUAAACCAAUAAUUAAGAAUCAAUGUAACAACAAACAUGAAAAAUAUAAUAAUAGAGAAAAAAUAUUGGAUAUUAAAUUUCCUUUAUCACAUGAAUGGAGUACGGAAGCAAUCAAUAAAUUUUUAGAAAAUAUUUUUAUUAAACAUAAUGUUAUUUGUAAUCCACCAAGAACCAAUUCUAGUUUAUUGAAAAGUGAAAUUAUAAAUGCUUAUACUGAAUUAGAUGAUCCUUUUGAACAACGUGAAAGGUUUAAUGAACAAUUGAAAAUUAAGAAAUUUAAGGAAGCUAAAGAUGAUAAAGAAAUUCAAUUAAUUGAUGAAAAAUGUAUUGAUCGUCUUCCAAUUUGGAUCAAACGCACAACUCAAGAUUCAUUUCCAGAAUUAAGAAUUGUGGCUCAAGAAUACAUCACAAAAUGA